AUGAAAUCGCCAAUUGCCCUUCAUAACUAUCUGAUUCUGUCUCACAGACUCAACCAGAUUUCUAGGUAUGUCUCCGAUUGGGAUGAAACCAUCACUGCUCAGGAUACUAUUCCUCUACUCUUCAGAUGGGUGCCCGAUGACUCUCCUUACAAGUUGAGUUACUUCUACAAAAUCUACAUGGAUUCCUAUCAAGAUUAUAUUACGAGGCAACUCCCAUCGAAGCCGUAUCGGGCUCGUGACUCCAUUGCGAAUGAGAUAGCUUAUCAGAAGGAUAUGAAAGCAGUGGAGCUCAGUUCCUUUGAGGCCUGUAUUAGAUUAGACAUUUUUAGAGGAUUAACCAAACAACAGUUGGAAUCUCUAUACACUGAUGUUUGUGUGAAGCCGGGUUUUCCUGAGUUCUAUAGUAAACUUAUCUGUAGGAAAGAGUUACAAUUUGGGAUCCUCAGUGUCAACUGGAGUUCGUUGUUUAUCAAAAAAUACUUCAAGGAGACAUUCGGUAGUGAAGUUCUGGUAUCAGCCAACGAGUUAUCAUUUGACUCUAAUAUUUGCACAGGAAAAUCAGCAGUUGAUUCUGUCAACAGUAUACGAACUGGAUAUGAUAAACUAGUUCAAAUUAAACUGAAGAAUGAUCACCUGGGAAGGGGUAAGUUUGUCUACAUUGGUGAUUCCUCAACCGAUGUCUUGGCAUUGAUAUACAGCGAUUUGGGAAUCAUCAUGAAAGGCGGGUCUGCUGCUAAGCAGUUGAGACAGAUGGGAUUCAGAGUAGCAGAUAUCAACUCGGAUGUCUUGGACAACGACGCAGAUAGCAUCAAAUUUGUACAGAUAGACGACUGGUUCGACAUCCUCUACAUGAUGGAACCAAAGUUCCUAAAUCAGUAG